AUGGGACCAUUUCCAUCAUCUUAUGGCAAUGAGUAUAUUCUGGUGGCAGUUGACUAUGUUUCAAAGUGGGUCGAAGCUCUGGCUAGCCCUACAAAUGACACAAAUGUGGUUCUGAAGAUGUUCAAAUCUGUCAUAUUCCCAAGGUUUGGUGUGCCUCGAGUGGUGAUUAGCGAUGGAGGUUCACACUUCAUCAACAAGGUUUUUGAGAACCUGUUGAAGACGAAUGGUGUAAGACACAAGGUGACAACUCCGUACCAUCCGCAGACGAGUGGGCAAGUUGAGAUUUCCAACAGGGAGAUCAAAAACAUUCUCCAAAAGACUGUAAGCACCACAAAGAAGGAUUGGUCAGUGAAGCUUGAUGAUGCUCUUUGGACAUAUAGGACAGCUUACAAGACACCUUUGUGGAAUAAACCAUUUCACUUGGUGUAUGGAAAAGCUUGUCAUCUCCCAGUGGAACUCGAGUACAAAGCUGUUUGGACAGUGAAGUUGCUGAAUUUUGAUGCUAGAAGUGCUCAUGAGAGGCGAGUGAUGCAGCUGCACGAGUUGGAGGAAAUUAGGCAUCUGGCCUAUGAAAACUCGAAAAUCUACAAGGAGAAAACCAAAGCUUUCCAUGACAAGAAGAUCCUCAACAAUAAUUUUGCACCAAACGAUCAGGUGCUGCUGUUUAAUUCUCGAUUGAAGCUUUUUCCUGGAAAGCUGAGAUCAAGGUUGUAA